UGAGAUCUGAGAGAGGAAAGUUGAACAUCAUUUUACAGAGUUGAAACUUCUCUGAUGUAAAUCAACACUCUCGUGUGGUUCACAGUAUUCCACUUGAUUGUAGACAUAGGAGUUUCUGUGCUGCUGGUUGUUGAAUUAAAAGAAAUCAGAAUAUUUGUAACGUUUUGCUAUCAGCAGUUAACAUUGUUUAUGUAUUAAGAACAUAGGACCGUAUGGAGAAGUGUAUUUUUUGCAGUUGUGAGGAGGGGUGCUCACAGUACAAUCUCCCAUAAAAGAGUUUUGGAGGAGAAGAAGCUGAUGGGAAGUGCGGAGGCAGCUUUGAGCAAAUAGUUUGAGAAGGUGAUGUAUAGGGUUGGAAUUUAAGGGACAUUUGUCACCUUUAUAUAAAACUCUAUAUAGCGAUCAUUUUCUAUCUACAAGUAAUGUGGCUGCAAACUAUGCUAAGUGCAGGCAGGGUUGUAUAUUCUAAAUCAAGGUUUAAUGGAAUUUUUUUUUCCUGCAGCCUAAUCCCUUGCUGCUCUGAUGGUAGGUUGUACCGGGAUACACUGUGCUCAAGCAGGAGUUUAUUUUGGGAACUCGAUCGUGACUUCAUGCCGUAGUCUCUGAAAUUCAGACUUAAAAUUUGCCAGUAAUGAUAGGCGUUGAUUUGAGAGGUCCAAUUACAUGUAUCUUAUGAGUAAUGAAAUGUUUUGGGAAUUACAUAUACAUAAAACAGAUAUGAAAUCUCUACAGCGACAGCCAAAGCCAAAAGGAACUUAUUAAAGCUCAAGUCAAAUGGGAUUUUUAUUUGAAGUAGAACUGGUAAUUUCCCUGAAACCUGUUAAGGCAUAAAAGUGUGUGUGUUGAGGGGAAGGGGGCAAAGGCUGAGUGUAAGGAAAAAAGGGGAAUUGCUAGGAGAGAGAGCUCGUUGCAGUGCGUGGCUGUUGGCCUCCUUUGAUCAGGAGUAUUUGAAGUAACUGUUGCAUGUUUUAGUUUGCAUACAGUAGAUCUAAUUCUUUAUGACAUGGGAGAUUUUGUGUUACGUUAUUGAAUAGUCUCAAGCUGGUUUAGCUGUCUGCUGGGAGUACUGGUGUAACGUAGAGCUGGUGUGAUGUCACACAUGAUGCUGCUCUGCAUAAUACUGCUGAUAAAUCCAUUAUUUUCAGGUUGUCUUCAGUGAAGAGCUGAACACAUGGGUUUAUCUUUAUGCUUACAUCUUGAUAGUGUUUGACUUGUAUUUGGAAUUUGAGUUUUGAACAAAUAACAGUAAUUUUUUUCAGCCUGUAUUGCCCACUUCUUAUGGUUUUGUACUGUUACUCUUGCUUUUUUUUAAAGCAAACAAACCACUACCUUAAUGGGCCUGAGAAAAAAAUAAACAUAUAGUUUCUUAAUGUAAUAGUGUUAAAAUCUUAGGAUGGGGUGUUGUCAUAUAACCUGAAAGUGACUUCUGUGCCUUGGCUCAUGGUUGCUUUUGCAUUCCCGAAUGGUGGUAAAUCUUUUCAACCCCAUGAAGGCAAAACUAGUGGGAUAAUAAGGAGUGUGCUAGAACCUAAGCUCUGAAUAGAGCUUUAAAAAUGAAAGCCAUAAUUUAUACAACUUUGAGAGCUUGUUGCACUCUUAAGGUUGGGAUGCGUGCCAAGUGAAGUACAGAUAUCUCUUUGUAUAGCUAGAUGAAGCGAUCAAUAAAAUGAACAGUCUUUACUUUUUAUUUUUUUUGCCAGGGCAGCCGUGCUCACUUACUUAAUGAGAUUUCUGCAGAGCGGUGACGGUGGAUUGGAUGGGUUAGGAGGACCAGGAGUACAACUUGGAAGCCCUGAUAAGAAAAAGCGCAAAGCAAAUACACAGGGUUCUUCAUUUCCACCUCCAUCUGAAUAUGCUCCACCGCCGAAUCCAAGCUCUGACCACCUUGUAGCUGCAAAUCCAUUUGAUGACAACUAUAAUACUGUGUCUUAUAAACCACUUCCUUCAGGAAAUCCUUAUUUUAGUAAUCCUGGUUACCCUGGCUUUGGAGGCUAUAACACUUUCAGAAUGCCACCUCACAUGCUGCACAGAGUGUCCACACCAUAUGGUGGUUCCUAUUCCCUCAGAAACCAACCACACCCUCUUCCUCAAAACCCUGUAGGAAUGGGUUUUAGUCGACCCCACUCUUUCAGUUUUGGUCCCCAUGAUACCCCAGGUUUUGGGAAUCAACCACCUUAUAGUGGCAGUCAGAUAAAUCAAAAUGUCAAUAUGCCUGGUCAACAUUUCAGACCAAAUCCUGGUGAGAACUUUGGCCAUUCUGGACAGAUACCUCAUCCUGAUGUGCCAACUAACUUUGGUCCUGGAAACAACUCAAAUUUCCCAAAUUCUCAGCUGGAGUCAAGCCACUCUUUUGUUCCUCCACCAAGCACUUACAACCAGACAAAAACAUCAGCACAAAAGCAAGACUUUAGUCAAGGUGCAAGCAAAGCAUCCAGCCAGAACGCCGCUGCUCUUCAGCAUCAUCACAGGACAGAAGACAUUGUGAGUCAAGGUAACAAUGACCUGAAAAAUGUUACUCCAAACAGCAUCGUUAAUCAGGGUAACAGCCAUUCUAAUAGUGCUGAUAACACUAAUGCUGGCCAUUCAAAUGGAACUCAGAGUAAGUCCCGCCAGCCUCGAGGUACCACUGAAGGAUGCAACUCGGAAAAGAGCAGCAAAACGCCCCUUCAUCCCAGUCGUCAUGGUCACUCGUCCUCUGAACCUGUCUAUCCGUGUGGAAUUUGUACACAUGAAGUUAAUGAUGAUCAGGAUGCCAUCCUGUGUGAAGCCUCUUGUCAGAAAUGGUUUCAUCGAAUCUGUACUGGCAUGACUGAGUCAGCUUAUGGCCUUCUUACAGCAGAAGCAUCAGCAGUGUGGGGUUGUGAUACGUGUAUGGCUGACAAAGACGUCCAGCUAAUGCGUACAAGAGAGACUGCAGGGCCACCUGCGCUGAAUACAGAUGGCUAACAAUGUGAAUUGGUGGUAGUGCUUGAGCUACUUACUAUGAAGAUUUGGUUGUGAAUUGAGUACUUCAUGUUCUGAAGACAAUCGAUUGUGUUUGAUUGCUGUCAUUAUUUUUCCCUUAUCUGUUUCCAUUCGUGAAGUUCCACCUCAACUUUUGUACUCUUAACUUCGUGUGCAAAUGUUUUACAGGGUGGAAUAUUUUUUGUUUCUGACAACUGAUCAGAAGUAGGAUGUGCAUUGACAAUUUUACUGAAGGCCAAAAUAGGCCAUUAUGAACAGUCCCUAAUUUGCUACUAUUAAUGUGUUAACCAACACUAGCAUUUACUAUUCAAUUUUAAUGGUACUGUACUUCCAAGUACUCAUUCCUUUUUUCUUUUCUUGUUGAAUGUCCAUUACUGAUGUUCUUGCAAUCCUUUCUUUGAAUAUCCUGCAGAUGACAUGGAGGAAGUGUGCAGUACUAAUAGUUUGUAUUUUUUUAGAAUAAAUAAGAGGAUUUUGUAUGUGCUUUUUCUGAUUUUUGAACUAAAGCAUUAACACAAUUCUAAAAUCCGUGAUUUCAUUCUUAGUAACACAAUGAAAUCCACUAAAUCUUAUACUUUGGUAUUUCCUUGAAAAGGCAAUGAUCUUUUGACUUCUCGGCAAAUACUUAAGUGCUGAGGACUCUUACUAGUACAGGAGAUAGUUACAAAACAUAAUUACAUUAAAAGAAGCUAGUACAGAUCAAGUUGAUGAAGUCUAGUGCUUUAAAUCUAGAGAAUACCAAAACUAAGGUUGCAUAUGUAACCUUUCUUCGUUCAUCUUAAGCACAUAUAUUAGGAUACAGCCCCUGCACAGUCACGUAUCUAUUGCUCAUCCUCUCAUCAUUGAUGGCUCCAGCUUCCAACCUCAACUGUGAUGAAUUUAAGCAGUGAAAGUUCUGCCCAUCUCUUUGAGCUUUCAGCUGGAUCCUACUCAUUCAUCCUGAGCUUACAAGGUCCACUUUGCAAGAAAGGUGUGGGGCAAUGGAGUGUGUAUAGCACAGACACUGAACUGGAAUAUUAUUUGACCAGCGAAGUAGUAACACUGAAUUCCCACCACUGCCUCAGCCAGUCUUGCAGUUUGAGGGGGAGGGAAAUCUAGAGUGAAAACAAAUACAACUCUCAUAUCUGAGCUUAGCUCGCACCAGGAGCCAGCAAGCAGAAACUGAGCAAACUUGAGAUCUUACUGACAAGUAUGAAGGGCACUAGAACUUAGUGUAUGCUUCUAAGAAUUAUUCUUUAUUAUAGGCAGUUUGACCUUAUUCUUGAUCUCAAGAAUACACCUCCCCCGCAGUGUCUUUUUUCUUUCUUUUUUUUUUUUGUGAGAGAACAUCUAGCAUUGAUCACUUUAGCCUUAGUAGAGUGCUAAAGUUGCAUAUGCAAUUGAAAAUCAGUGUUUCUGUAGAGAAAAGUGUUGUUUUAACUUAAUAAAAGGUGGUAGUGUAGUAAUAGGUGGCUUGUAGCGCUCACCAUUGUUCUGGAAACUUAAUUACUGGUUGCAAAAAAAUGAAAUCGUAUGUCAAACAUUACAGGUGCUGGUCAGGUUCCUUAGUAUAGUAUAAGGUGUUCAGAUCUGCAGUGAUGAGUGAUACAGAGGCCUACAUAGAAUACAGGCAUAUAUAUUUAAAGGCUAUUUUUAUGGUAAGCUUUGUUAAUGAGUCAAAAGUAAGGCCUGUCUGCUAGUUCACCAUUGCGUUUGAUUUUAAAUGAGCUCUAAUGUUAUACUUUCCUGAGAGAUUCUCUGAAGAUGUAUGUUACUGCCUUUCUUUUAUUUUAAUACUGAAAAGUUUUAUAUACCCUUUUACUGGUGUAGUAUUGCCCUUUUAUAGUGCCUCUCACCAGGAAAAAAGGAAAUAAUAUCUAAAGUGUAAAUUACAUAGUCCUUAUCUUAAGGACUUCCUUUAUCAAGAUGUAAAGAUGUAAGGCAGAUCCAGGGCUUCUGUUUUCAACACUGCUUGCUUUAUUUCUGGCAGAGACUAAACUUAGUCUUGUUUUGUUAGGGGUGUGAUACUUAAAAAAUGAACUGCAAACUAACACAAAAACUGAAAAUGCUGACCAAACAAACCUUGUUGAUGUAGAUUUGUUGCCGUGGGAAACAGUUCCAUUUCUGCAAGAAUUUACAUUGUGAAGUUUGUAGUUCAGACUUAGAGCAAUGUAAGUGAAAUCAAAAUUUUGCACAGUGACUGAAAGUUCAUUAAAAGCUCCCGUGGUUAUCUUGUUAUCCAAGCUUGUAGUUCACAUGUUUCAGUGUUUCAGAGCAGACACUAUAUUUAAAAUAGCUGGAUAUUUCUUGAAAUCUCUUCCCUCAAUCCUAUUUCAAGCUAGGUGUUUUCUGCAUUAGUUAGCAAUAUAUUAGAAUUUAAUUUCAGUGUUCAUGUGAACAACUUCUGGAAUAUAAUGUUGUAAGGCCUUAAAUCAUAUAUUUGUGAAACUUAGUCUAACAAAUCAUUUCACUUAUUUUAUAAACUGGGUACCAUGUUGGGUUUGUAGCCUUAGUGUGUGUAUUAACCUGCAAAUUCAAAGCAUUAGCAAAUGCCAGUUUAAAAACAUGAAAUAACAACAAAAUCAACCUUGUUAUCAUACAGAUCAUAAAGAUAGGACAGAUUAGGAUCUCAAAAAAUCAUCUGGCCUGUAUGUUUUUCCUACUGGUAUGCUCUUGGCAUCCCUGGACUUCUUGCCUAGAGAUAGGAUUAUACUUUGUUUUUCUCUGCACGUAUUGACUAGUAGUAGUUCAAGUAUGCACAGGAAAAACAGCAAUUGUGUUUUAUUAGUAAGGUACUAGAAAAAUGUCAGCUGGUUAGAAUUAGACAUUAGUUAUA